AGAGAGCGUGAGAGAGUCAAUGAUACGUACACAUAUAUUGUAUAUAACAUACACACACUAUACAUAUGCGUGUGUCAUAAAUGUUUUUAUUAUUAUUUCAUUAACACUCUUUAUUAUUAGUCAAUUGUCUAUAUAUAUGAUACCUUGUACCAAAAUACCAUCUUUAUUUUUAUCUUAUUAUUUUUCAUGUAAAACUUACUUAUUCUACAUGAAUGCAAAAGUUAAGCAUGCCACAUGCGUUUGUAGUUUUUUUCAAAAACAAACAAAUUACUGACAUCGUAGUUUAUUGUCGUUCGUAAGUUACACAGCAGCGCCAACUGACCGACCGAACAACUCUCUAAACGCCUGCUGUCCGAGGUAAGCAAGCAAACAGACCUGGUAAAGAGAAACCAGAAAGCCGGUGGGUCUUACCAUCCUGUUGACAUAUAUAUAUAUUGUACGUAGUAUAUAUACAUUAUAUGUACAUACACACGCGCCGCCAGUCAGCCAGUCGAAUAUUUGUACAAUGCUCUCUUACAUUUCAUCGGUUACAUUAAGGCCUAAUGUCCUUCCGAAAACCAUUCAUCAGUGCCUCAGAUAUGCUUCACAAGACCGAUCUUAUAAGUUGGUCGUGGUCGGCAGUGGAACAGCUGGGUCUAGUAUAGCAGCUACCUUUUCGCGAUCCUUAGACAAGGGAAGUGUUGCCGUGAUUGAAAGAAGCAAGGAGCAUUACUAUCAACCAUUAUGGACGUUAGUCGGCGGAGGACUGAAAAAACUAGAAGAUUCCAAGAGAACCAUGGCUUCAGUGAUACCACCAAAUUGUGAAUGGAUUAACGAUUCAGUCGUCGGCUUUGAUCCCGACAACAACUUUGUCACUCUCAAAGAUGGCAGCAAGGUAUAUUAUGAAUAUUUGGUGCUUGCUUUAGGUUUACAACUAAACUUCGACUGGGUAAAAGGCUUGCCUGAAGCUUUGAUGUCAGAUCCUCGAAUUUGUUCCAAUUACAGUGUUCACACUGUUGGCAAAACAUUUUCUGCAUUACAGUCCUUUGAAGGCGGCAAUGCUAUAUUCACAGUACCAGCUACCCCCAUAAAAUGUGGGGGAGCCCCACAGAAGAUUAUGUAUUUAGCUGAAGAAUAUUUUAAUAAGACUGGCAAGCGUGAUAAAGCCAACAUUUUAUUCAACACUUCUCUAGGUGUGAUGUUUGUUGUGAAACACUAUUCUGAAAAGCUGUAUGAGAUUGCCAAAAACCGUGGUAUUCAUGUCAACUUCAUGCACAGUCUUAUUGAAGUGCGACCAGAGUCUGGAGAGGCAAUUUUUAAAAAGCUAAACAGUGAGAGUGGUGAAACAGCAACUUUUAAAUCAUGUGAUCUUUUGUUUUCAGCCAGUCAGUGUGGUGUUCUGUCUAAAAACUUGAUGGCAAAAAUGAAAGGACAAAAAGACCUUCAGUCUAAGUAUACUGGCUACACUUCCUGCCCACUGGUAACCAGCUCUUCCAAGUGUAUCCUAGCAGAGUUUGACUUCACUAAUACACCAACAGAGACCUUUCCAUUUGACCAAAGUAAAGAAAGAAGAUCUAUGUUUUUACUAAAGAGUCAUGUCUUACCACCUAUGUACUGGUUUAUGAUGACAAAAGGUUGGUGGCAUGGUCCUGCAGUAUUUCGCAAGAUUUUCAACUUUUGGCGUAAUUAAUCAUUUCCGGAAAUCUGGAAAUCUACUCUCUUUUUUUAUAUAGAGAUGUUGAGAUUUUGUUGUGUGAAACCUUUAUCAAUCAAGUCAUGUAGCUAUAUAAGUCAAACAUAUGCACACACACAUACAUAUAUGUAUAUAUACAUACAUACAUAUAUGUAUAUAUACCUACAUAUAUGUAUAUAUAUAUAUAUAUAUAUAUAUA